AUGAAUCUAAAUCAGAAAGCAACUCAGUGGACCGACUCGCCGGGCACAUCCUCCCCCGAAGAUAUUUCUGCCUCGACAUCACCUCCGACAGUUGGCUCAUCCUUUCACAGCUCCGUUCAUUUUAAUGACUCCAACUCGCAAAUUGACGUCGCAUCUAUUGGCGAGAGGUCAAUACGAAGCAUCCGAAGCGCCUUCGAGGGCAUCAAACACGAGGUUAUGGUGAACCAUCUCUACCAGCAACAGUGUUCACGCCUUUGGGUCAGCGACGGCAGCGGAGAAGUAGAAGGCGUGAUGCUACGAAAAUCUCGUGGCAUCUACUUGUCGUGUCCUCCCGAGCUUCGAGAUUCACUAUUUGGACAAGCUUGUGCGGACCUCAAUGUGCAGGUUGCCAUGACGGUGAAUUCAAGAGUCAUCAAAACCUUCUUGGCCUGGGCUCCUGAUGCGACAGACGUUCCUCUCAUGAAUGGCCUUCGAGUCCAGAUUCUACCUUCAAUUGCUCACCUUCCUCGUGCACGAAAAUAUCAAUUUGCUGCCUUUGUUGCUGCCGACUCCUUGUUGGUGGUAUGGGACGAUGAUCCUUGGAAUGUAAUGAAGAGGGCAGCUUCCAUCGAGUCCGAGUUAAUGGAGCUUGUCUGGCAUACCGGAGAGGCCGGCGAUGAUGAAGAAGUCACCAACGAAAAGAAUGGAGUUUGUGCGGCCUCUGUUGGUUCAGAGUUUGGAGAGCUACCACCUCAGGACCGUCCUACCCACUUGAUGAAUACUACCCUUGUCGGGUUUACACUAAUCAUCGUUGUCACAUUGCUUGGCUUGGCAUGCCGGUCUUUGGCAACUGAAAUUGCUGUGGAUGGUUCAUACAUUCGUCUUGCUUUUCUCUCCUUGGUCCCUAUACAGAUCUUUUUCACGUUGUUCUUCGCACAGGUUAUUGUUGGCUGUGUUGCACAAUGCUUUGGACCUAUACAACAAAUGCAAGUCAACUCAAAAUACUUCUCAGCAAAAUGCUCUCCUCGCUUACAUACACUUACGCUGCCACAUGUCACUAUUCAAUGCCCUGUCUACAAGGAAGGACUUGCCUCCGUGAUUGCACCGACAGUCAAAUCUAUCAAGCGAGCUAUCUCAACGUACGAGUUGCAGGGCGGCACUGCAAAUAUGUUCGUCAACGACGAUGGCCUCCAGAUCAUUGAUGAAGAGCAACGCAAAGCACGAAUUGAGUUCUACCAGGACCAUAAUAUCGGCUGGACUGCUCGCCCGAAGCAUGGUAGCGAAGGAUUCAUUCGCAAGGGCAAGUUCAAAAAGGCCUCUAAUAUGAACUAUGGGUUGAUGUUGUCAUGCAAAGUCGAGGAGAAACUCCAAAGAUACCACCGCAACUUCGUCUGGACCCAAAAUGACGAAUCCGAAGCCUAUGACCAAUGCUUGCGAGAGGUUCUGGAGGAGACCCCACGUGCUUGGGCUGAUGGCAACAUCCGGGUAGGAGACUAUAUUUUGUUGAUCGACAGCGAUACUAGAGUGCCAGCUGACUGCCUGCUCGAUGCCGUGAGCGAGAUGGAACAGUCUCCGAAUGUCGGAAUCAUGCAAUUUGCAUCGGGCGUGAUGCAAGUUGUGCAUACAUUUUUUGAAAACGGCAUUACCUUCUUCACCAAUCUCAUCUACACGGCUAUCGAAUAUACUGUCGCCAACGGCGACGUCGCACCAUUCGUGGGUCACAAUGCCAUCCUCCGAUGGAGUGCCAUCCAGCAGGUUUCUUACAUCGACGAAGACGGCUAUGAGAAAUUCUGGUCUGAAUCGCAUGUUAGCGAAGAUUUUGACAUGUCAUUACGACUUCAAUGCGACGGAUAUAUCAUCAGACUUGCGUCCUGGGCCCAUGGAGGAUUCAAAGAAGGCGUCAGUCUAACCGUCUAUGAUGAACUUGCUCGAUGGGAAAAGUACGCUUAUGGAUGCAACGAACUUCUUUUUCAUCCAAUGAGGAAGUGGAUCUAUAAAGGGCCUUUUACAGAACUUUUCCGACAAUUCUUCUUCUCAAACAUUCGAUUCACUUCCAAGAUCACCAUCAUUAGCUAUAUCGGCACAUACUAUGCCAUCGGUGCUGCCUGGAUGAUGACACUAGCCAACUACUUCGCCAUUGGCUGGUUCAACGGCUACCUAGACAAAUACUACAUCGACAGUUGGAAAGUGUGGUUUAGUAUUGUCAUUGUCUUCAACGGUCUAGGGAAUAUUGCUCUUGCAGUCAUGCGGUACCGCAUUGGUCAGAAAUCAUUUAUCCCGGCUUUGGUGGAGAACUUCAAGUGGAUCGUCAUGCUCUCGAUCUUCCUGGGCGGGCUCUCCCUCCAUGUUUCCCAGGCGCUACUAGCGCACAUGUUCGAAAUCGAUAUGACCUGGGGCGCUACCUCCAAAGAAGCCGAGUUUUCCAACUUCUUCAUCGAGGUUCCCAAAGUGGUACGGAAGUUUAAAUUCAGCAUCGCCUUUGCAUUCGUCGGUAUUGUCGGCAUGACCGUUCUCGCCACAAAUCCAGGAGGCUAUAUUCCAUAUGACUGGAUAAUUGUGGACUUCAUCGCCAUUCUGCCAAUGAGCACAGUUACUGCAAGCCAUUUGCUGUUACCAAUUGUGUUGAAUCCUGCGCUGAUGACAUUCUCCUGGUGA